AUGGCGAAAGCGACGCCGAGCGAGAUCCCGGCGCUCUUGCCCAAGCUCCUGACGUCCAUUCGGCUCAUUUGGAUGUACUCGCGCUACUACAACACGGAAGACCGCAUCACGUCGCUCCUCCGCAAGGUCUCGAACGAGAUCAUUGCGCUCUCGGCCAAGACCAUCUCGCUACGCGACAUCUUUGACGGCGACGUCGUCCGCAGCAUCCGCAAUCUCGAGGAAACGAUCGCAUGCGGCGUCGCGUGGAAGACGAUCUACGCCAACGUCACCAGCGCCGUCCAGCGUGAGGGCGCGCUCAAGUGGCACUUCGAUGACACGAGCAUUUUCGCGCAG